AUGAACCCCUCGGCUGGUGGCGGUCAGAACGGCGGAGGCGGCUACACAAGAUCGCCGUUGUCAACGCCACCGUCGCCGUCGCCGUCGCCGUCGACGAUGCUUCGAGCCUACGAUCCUGACUUGGACGAGCCGAGCCCGGCUUCGGCCUCGUCGGACGCCUCGAUUUGGAGCGAUUUGGCCAACGUCAUGUUCUGGCCCGAGCACCGGCUCGUCGGCCUGUCGAGUCCCGCCGCACGGGACUCGUCCAACUGGCUCGACUCGCUGUUCACGUCGGAAGAGGCGCGCAGCCUCGACUCGUCGAGCAGGUUGGUCGGCGACGCUGAUCUGUGGCCGUCGGCUCGACCGCCCACUUCGGAGCCGGACUCUCGCGGCAGAUGGGGCUUGAGCUCAACCUUUUUCACCUACCACAUGCCGCAUAUUUCCCUAUUUCCCGCGACUCCUCACCACAAGCCGGUGAUCGUCCAAUCAGCUACAUGCUCGCCUGACAACGUUCGGUCGCCAUGGCGACUGUCGAGUUGGCGUCACGAGUACACUUGGUGGGCCCGGCUGGUCGGCAACACAGGCUGUUCUUUGGCACCGCAAAGAUGGCUUCUGCUUCUGCUGGCCAAGACGCAGACUUGA